AUGGAGAGAGACGCUCUCCUCAUUCAAGCCGGCUAUCGGUCUCCAUCCCUGCCAUUGACGUGUGAGAUAACCAUUUUGACUCACACCCCUGUGCUGUUGGAGUUGAGCGAUGGGUACAAGGGUCUAGGUCACUUAUAUCAAGUCUCUGCUGCUUGCUUUUAUCUCACUACGAAUAGUAAACUUUUUUGUGCUGUUAUAUGGGAACAUAGUUUUGGUCAGACUCAGCUUGUUGAAUUUUGUUUUACUGAUGAUGAUCAAGGCAAAUCAGAGGCUCCGAUUGUUGUUUACAAAGUUGGGGAAUGUAUGCAAGAACUCAUAAAGUUGUGGAAGGAAUAUGAAUCUUCUCAGCAUCAUGACAAAAGUGGUGAUUUCGCAAGUAAUGGCCCCACUCUUGAAGUUCGGAUUCCAGCUGAGUAUGUUACUGCUACUAAUCCACGAGUAAGAGGUGGACACCUAUGGGGAACAGAUAUAUACACAGAUGAUUCCGAUCUUGUUGCUGUUCUCAUGCAUACAGGUUAUUGUCGUCCUACAGCUUCCCCUCCCCCACCGACAUUGCAAGAGCUGAGUGCUACCAUCAGAGUCUUGCCGUCACAAGAUUACUAUACCUCCAAGCUAAGGAACAAUGUCCGCUCUCGAGCAUGGGGAGCUGGAAUCGGAUGCAGUUACAGAGUUGAGCGGUGCUUUAUACUGAAGAAAGGAGGUGGAACUAUAGAACUGGAACCAACACACUCCUCAACUGUAGAGCCAACACUUGCACCAAUGGCUGUUGAGAAGUCUAAGACCACCAGAGCUGCAGCUUCGAAUGCUCUGCGACAACAAAGGUUUGCUCGAGAAGUAACAAUACAAUACAACCUCUGCAAUGAACCUUGGAUCAAAUAUAGCUUAAGCAUUGUGGCGGAUAAGGGUCUCAAAAAGCCACUUUUCACCUCUGCUCGCUUGAAGAAAGGAGAAGUUCUCUACCUCGAAACACAUUCAUCCAGGUAUGAGCUCUGUUUCGCUGGAGAGAAGACUAUGAAAGCAUUCCAAGCCUCCCAACAGCAACACUCAUCACCAUCCCAAGAAGCUACAGAGAUGGAUAACAAUAAGUCUUUCCUGUUUUCCAUUGAUGUUUUCCGUUGGUUACGAUGGAGGAAACCUCUCCCUGAUCAUGUGACAACAACAAACGGCGACAAAACAGAUUCAGACAACAGUAUAAUUGAUGUUUUCCGUUGGUCACGAUGUAAGAAACCUCUCUCGCAGAAGCUUAUGCGGUCUAUCGGGUUUCCACUCCCGCCAGAUCAUGUCGAGGUGUUGGAGGAGAAUCUUGAUUGGGAAGAUGUACAGUGGUCAACGACUGGUGUUUGGAUUGCUGGGAAAGAGUACACACUUGCUCGUGUUCAUUUCUUGGCUCCCAACUGAACAUAAUAGAAAGCUUUCAUGUCUCUUUAUCUGAUAUAUUGUUAGAGAUUUAUAGUUUCUUUUG